CCACAAGUCAUGCGACUCGAAGAAGUGGGAAGGCGCAUCGUGCUACAAGCACAACGGGUGCGUGUCGAACGUGUGCGAGCACGGCAAGUGCGGCGCCACCAAGCCGCAGCACGACGGCGCCGAGUGCUCGGCCUCGACGCAGUGCGAGAGCGGCAACUGCAUGUACAGCAAGUGUGCGCCCAAGGUCGACGACUGGGGCCACUGCUACAAGGACGUCUCGUGCAAGAGCGGCAAGUGCACCGACGGCAAGUGCGCCUCGUCGACGCCGACGCCGGCGCCCGAGCACCUCGAGGACGGCUCGCACUGCUCGACGAGCGCCUCGUGCAAGAGCGGCAACUGCGAGCACUCCAAGUGCAGCCCGAAGAAGCACGAGGGCUCGUGCUACAAGGCGGCCAACUGCGUGAGCGGCGAGUGCAAGGACGGCUGGUGCACGCCCCCGGCCGGCUCGCAGCCCGACGGCUCGCACUGCUCGACGAGCGCCGUCUGCUCGUCGGGCAACUGCCAGCACAGCAAGUGCACGCCCAAGGGCCCCGAGCACGCCUACUGCUACAAGGACGUCAACUGCCAGAGCGGCAAGUGCGAGCACGGCGCAUGCACGGCGCCCGUGACCCCGACGCCCGGCUGCAGCAAGGACGCGGACUGCAAGAGCACGGAGCAGUGCAAGGACCACGUGUGCGUGCCCAAGGAGACGACGCCGACGACGUGCACCAAGGACGCCCAGUGUGACACGCUCAAGGGCGAGAAGUGCGUCGAGGGCAAGUGCCAGGCGCCGACGACGACACCGACGACGUGCAGCAAAGACUCGGACUGCAACACGCUCAAGUUCGAGACGUGCAAGAGCGGCACCUGCCAGGCGCCGACCCUCCCGCUGCCGCAGACGUGCUCGACGACGGCCGACUGCACCAAGGUCUCGGGCUCGACGUGCGACAAGGGCGUGUGCGUGCCGCCCUCGCCCCUGCCGCAGACGUGCUCGACGACGGCCGACUGCACCAAGGUCUCGGGCUCGACGUGCGACAAGGGAGUGUGCGUGCCGCCGCUGUCCCUCCCGUCCUUCCCGUGCACCAGUGGCUGCGCGUAGUGUCUCUCUCCUCGACCGGCGGCGCGCUGCGGUUCGCCAGCAGCAGAUCCGCCUUGGUGUGGCCACUCUACUAUGCCGUCUUAGUUUACGCGGGUGCCCUUCUGGCGCGAUGCUUUUCCUCGCCACCCGCUC